UUACAUGGUAUAGUGUGUGGUUGGCGUAAAAGAUGACGAAGAUGGAGACCGAGUCACCUAAAAAGUUACCACAAGUCCCAGAAACCCUAUUGAAAAAGAGAAAAAGAAAAGCAGAAUUAAGAGCUAAACGUGUUGCUAAUCGUCUUAGGGUAAAAAAGCUAAGACGAGAAAAGCGGCGCUUAAUUUUCAAGAGAGCUGAGAGUUAUGUUAAAGAAUAUCGCCGAAAGGAGCGUGAUGAAAUCCGUUUGAAGCGAAUGGCCAGGCAUGUUGGAAAUUUUUAUGUUCCAGACGAGCCAAAAGUGGCUAUUGUAGUCCGAAUUAGAGGUAUCAAUGGUGUGAGUCCUAAGCCACGAAAGGUGUUGCAGCUGUUCCGUUUGCGACAGAUUAAUAAUGCCAUGUUUGUGAAAUUAAAUAAGGCUACUAUAAACAUGUUGCGUAUUGCUGAGCCAUUCAUUGCUUGGGGGUAUCCAAAUUUGAAGACUGUAAAAGAUCUUAUUUACAAACGAGGAUUUGGACGUAUUGAUCACAAGAGGGUUGCACUAACAGAUAAUGCCAUUAUUGAAAAACGAUUAGGAAAGUAUGGAAUCAUCUGCAUGGAGGAUUUGAUCCAUGAAAUUUACACGUGUGGGCCAAAUUUCAAGAAAGCUACCAAUUUCCUGUGGCACUUCAAGCUCAACAACCCAAAAGGUGGCUGGAGGAAAAAGACUAUUCACUAUGUAGAAGGUGGUGAUUUUGGAAAUAGGGAAGAGAAGAUAAACACACUUCUGCGCAAAAUGAUUUAAAUUGAAUAAAAGUAAAAUGUUAAUUAA